AUGCCGGGCGCGAGGCGGCAGCUGGGCAUCGCCAUUUUGGCCGGUGGCCGUAGGAACACGCUGUGUGGGUCAGAAGUGAAAGCAAGAGCUGACUUGGCCUGUACGCUCCCCUCCUCAAGGGGAUCGUUUCCUCCAGAAGUCCUGGAUAGUCUUUUCUUACAAUUAUGGCAGACAAAUUAACAAGAAUUGCUAUUGUCAACCACGACAAAUGUAAACCUAAGAAAUGUCGGCAGGAGUGCAAAAAGAGUUGCCCUGUAGUUCGAAUGGGAAAACUAUGCAUAGAGGUUACGUCUCAGAGCAAAAUAUCCUGGAUUUCUGAAACUCUUUGUAUUGGUUGCGGUAUUUGUAUCAAGAAAUGCCCCUUUGGCGCCUUAUCAAUUGUCAAUUUACCAAGCAACUUGGAAAAAGAAACAACACAUCGAUAUUGUGCCAAUGCCUUCAAACUUCACAGGUUGCCUAUUCCUCGUCCAGGUGAAGUUUUGGGAUUAGUUGGAACUAAUGGUAUUGGAAAGUCAACUGCUUUAAAAAUUUUAGCAGGAAAGCAAAAGCCAAACCUUGGAAAGUAUGAUGAUCCCCCUGAUUGGCAAGAAAUUUUGACUUACUUCCGAGGAUCCGAAUUGCAAAAUUACUUUACCAAGAUUCUAGAAGAUGACCUAAAAGCUAUUAUCAAACCUCAAUACGUGGACCAGAUUCCCAAGGCUGCAAAGGGGACAGUGGGAUCUAUUUUGGACCGAAAGGAUGAAACAAAGACACAGGCAAUUGUAUGUCAGCAGCUUGAUUUAACCCAUCUGAAAGAACGAAAUGUUGAAGAUCUUUCAGGAGGAGAGUUGCAGAGAUUUGCUUGUGCUGUCGUUUGCAUACAGAAAGCUGAUAUUUUCAUGUUUGAUGAACCUUCUAGUUACCUAGAUGUCAAGCAGCGUUUAAAGGCUGCUAUUACUAUACGAUCUCUGAUAAAUCCAGAUAGGUAUAUCAUUGUGGUGGAGCAUGAUCUAAGUGUGUUAGACUAUCUCUCUGACUUCAUCUGCUGUUUAUAUGGUGUGCCAAGUGCUUACGGUGUUGUCACUAUGCCUUUUAGUGUAAGAGAAGGCAUAAACAUUUUUUUAGAUGGCUAUGUUCCAACAGAAAACUUGAGAUUCAGAGAUGCAUCACUUGUUUUUAAAGUGGCUGAGACAGCAAAUGAGGAAGAAGUUAAAAAGAUGUGUAUGUAUAAAUAUCCAGGAAUGAAGAAAAAGAUGGGAGAGUUUGAGUUAGCAAUUGUAGCUGGAGAGUUUACAGAUUCUGAAAUCAUGGUGAUGUUGGGGGAAAAUGGUACUGGUAAAACAACAUUUAUCAGAAUGCUUGCUGGAAGACUUAAACCUGAUGAAGGAGGAGAAGUACCAGUUCUAAACGUCAGUUAUAAGCCACAGAAGAUCAGUCCCAAAUCAACUGGAAGUGUUCGCCAAUUACUACAUGAAAAAAUAAGAGAUGCUUACACUCAUCCACAAUUUGUGACUGAUGUAAUGAAGCCUCUACAGAUUGAAAACAUCAUUGAUCAAGAGGUACAGACAUUAUCUGGUGGUGAACUGCAGCGAGUAGCCUUAGCUCUUUGUUUGGGCAAACCUGCUGAUGUCUAUUUAAUUGAUGAACCAUCUGCAUAUUUGGAUUCUGAGCAAAGACUGAUGGCAGCGAGAGUCGUUAAACGUUUUAUACUCCAUGCCAAAAAAACAGCCUUUGUUGUGGAACAUGACUUCAUCAUGGCUACCUAUCUAGCAGAUCGGGUCAUUGUUUUUGAUGGUAUUCCAUCUAAGAACACAGUUGCAAACAGUCCUCAAACCCUUUUGGCUGGCAUGAAUAAAUUUUUGUCUCAGCUUGAAAUUACAUUCAGAAGAGAUCCAAACAACUAUAGGCCAAGAAUAAACAAACUCAAUUCAAUUAAGGAUGUAGAACAAAAGAAGAGUGGAAACUACUUUUUCUUGGAUGAUUAGGCUAAAUCUGAGAAUAUCAAUAAGUGAUUUAUUAAAAGAAACUGGGAUUUUUGUUGUAUAAAACUAAUCAGGUUUUAUGCCCCACGUACUCUGGAACUUAAAGUAUAAUUUAAUGUAACAGCAAAAAGCCAGUUUUUUUGUAAUUUGUAGUCUGAACACAGAAAAUGCCACUUUUCUGUUCUUGAUGACAAGACCCUUUUUGCGCACAACAUUCUAAAAUGAAGACAUUUCAAGUAAUACAAAUUGCCUCCAAAUUUUCAUGAUAUAUGGGAAGAUUUUCAAUAGUUGUAGCGUAUAUAUUCAUGUUCCAAAUGCUGACCAGUGUUGCCAUAUUUUAAAAAUCUUUGAGAAUGCUUUCUGUACUUAAAUGGUUUGCCAAGUAUACCAGUAUAACAAAACUGCCCUUAUUUUAAAAUCCAGUUGAAGACACCACUGAUGGAAUUUGAUAAAUAAACAUCUAUCAUGAUUAUAGUUUGUUUUAAGUCUUUGUAUUAUAUUGUCAAAAUAUAGUACAGAAUCUUCCCUUGAAGAUUAUCUACUACAAAACACCCGUGUUGGAAAAUGGGUAUUUGUUAACUAACUUAAGCAUUGUUUGUAGUAUUUUUUUGUUGCUUUUGAACAUAUUUAUCAAAAAUCAUUUCAGGACAUCCUCUCCCCAGCAAAAAAACCCUAACAACUUUACUCUUUGAAUUACUCAGUUUUACAAUUCUAUAAGAUUCUGUGUUAAUUAUUCCCAACGGUAAUAUUUUUUUAAUCAUACAUUUAUGUACUCACUGAUCAAGAUUUAGGAAAAUACAUUUCUAAAGAAACUUCUGUUUUCCUUAAAAACAGUAGUCCUCAAUAAUACAAAAUGAAAGAGUUCCACCCUAGGCCUACAAGCAGCCCUGGUGGCAGUGGUUAAGCGCUCGGCUGCUAACCCAAAGGUCAGCACUUCAAACCAACCAGUAGCUCCGCAGAAGAAAAGAGCUGGCGAUCUGCUUCUUUAAUUACAGCCUAGGAAACCCCAUGGGGCAGUUCUACUCUCAUAUAGGGUCACUGUGAGUCGGAAUUGACUCGCCAGCACACAACAACCCUAGAUCUACAGUCUCAAAAUCUUUAGAGUUGGUGUCUAAACAUGUAUGUGUUUUUAAACUUACACAGAUUUUUCUGACGGGCAGCCAAGGAUUGUGAACCACUUCCCUAAAGGGAACAUUAAUACAAGAGUCCCAAGAAAGCAGUACAAAGUAUCCCUUGGUACCAAUAUUCAGUCUGAGUUUGAAUAUAGAGAACUGUAUUUUCUAUAUCUAUUUGACUUUGUUUUUUAGUUUUGAAUAGUAUGUAGCAAGAGUUCUAAAAACGUACCCAAAUCGGUUUAGUUCCUGAGUUUGAAAACCAGGAUACUUGUAGAGUGAAACCACUUUAAAUUAUACUUCUGACUAAUGUACUGCACUGGAAUUAACUGAUACUAUGAGUGAAAAAAGCAGGGUUUACUAAAUAAAUUAAUGGGGCAAGCAAAAUAGAGGGGAGAAUUAGAAAUCAUUUGAAUAAACUUUUAGAGCUCCUUGAAACAACAGAAGCCUUGAUUAAAACACAAUGGAUAAAGUAUAGCUUAAUUGGGCCCCAUUAGGCCUUUUUUUAUAUAAUUUAUGAGUAGUCCAUAAAUAUGUGUUGUGAAAAAUACAUAUAUACAAAACUGUACGGAAUAAAAGAUACGCUCUCCGUCUACAUUACCCUUCCAAAGAUUACCAGUGUUUAAUAUAUAUACUUUCAUGCUGUUUUUCUGUGCACUUAUGUAAGUGUGAAUAUGUAAAGGGUUUGUUUUGUACAUAAAUGGGAUUAUACCAAAAUAAGUAGUGCCUAUUUUUAAGGAUAGGUUAAAUAUGUGAAUGAUUAUUUCAAAUAUAUUGAAUAAAAUAAGAUAAAAGCUAUUUUUAUGUACCAAUUUCGUAUUCUGUCCUAAAGAAAUGCUUGUUACAGAGCAGUUUUCUAUGCAAUUCUAAUGAGAAUAUGUAUUUAUAAGGUAGUAAUUUUCAUGUAAAUGGAAUUUUAAAACAUGGAUUUAGAUGUUACAUAAGUUUUUAUAUAGUAACAAAAAGGCCUACAAUUGCUAACAUGAAAAACAGGUUUGUCUGUAAAAUCAGUGUUGCCAACUCAAAUACACAUCAGUGCAAAUAAUUAGCUAUUAAAAACGAGACAGCUCUCUAUGUCCUGGUUAGGAAAAAACUAAAAUAGUUAGCAAACAAGUAAGGCGCAGCACAGUUUAUAUAAAACUACCAUUUAUGUAAGAAUAUUAAAAUACCCAAAAGGAUACUCAAGAAAACAUUGCUUUUGGGAGGGGUAACUUGGUGAUGUAAGAACAGGAAAGGGAAGGAGACAUGUCUGCCCACGUAGACAGUACCUUUUGAAUUUUAUAUUGUACAUAUCGACUGUUGUAAAGUAAGUUUUUGUGUUCCACUAAUGAAGUGUAGUCUUAACUGUAUUGAUGCUACAGCUAUUAUUUCUACAGUGUAACCUAAAUUUAGACCAUUAGCUACUUGAAGUCAGUCCUGUAUCUUAUCAUUCAGCAUAUUAUGUGGUGCCUCACAUGUAGUGGGCCUACUCUACUGAAGGAAUGAACCCGCAUGCCACAGAAAAUAGGAAGAGUGAAAAUCUACUCAGUUGUUUAUCUCAUUCAUGUUUAUUAACAUAUUUAGAUAUGUGUAUAUGAGGCCCUUAACACAGUGUCUGGCAUAUUGUAAACGCUCUGGUUCAAAAGAGGACUAAUUCUGGAUUGGAGAGUCAGGAAGGGCUAUGUGGAGGAAGUAGCUCCCAGGAAAAAGUAACAGCAGGUAUCUCACUGGAUUGUAAGGAUAAAUGAGAUAGCCCAGAAUACUUGUCAGAGGCAGAAAUGAGUAUGGGGCAUUCAAGGUAAGGUUAGUGGUAGGGAAGGAUGAAUUUAGAUUUUGAUGGGCUUUCCAUACCUCUAAGAUCUGUUCAUUUUUUACAUGCUUGGAAGUAGGGGUUGAAGAAAAGAGACAAAGCAAGACAAGUUAGGCAGAAUUAUUGUUCAGGAUCUUAUACUUUUACUCUUUUGUCUUUUAAUUUGGAAUGUUUAUAUUCUGUCCACUCUGCUCAUGCAGGUCUGAACUUGUAUACUGCAACUGCUGACUCUUGCUUUCAGUGGAUUGUUUCCUUGUAUUAUUUUCAUUUGUGAGCUGAUGUUCACUGAAGUUUUAUCUGAGAAUUCUGAGGCUGUGUGGCAGACACCACCCCUUUCCAUCAUUCCUUGCAAACUUGUUAGGGUAGGCAGUGUACCCAGCUCCAGAUGGUCGGUCAUAAUUGGUCUAAGAUAAUCAUGAUGAUCCUCUUCCCUAGUUCCCACAGGCCACCUGACUUAGUUUGGGCCAGUAAGUUGAAAGCAGAAGUCUAUUUGGGUUUUUUUGAAAACCUUUUACUACCCUAAUAGAAGUACUUACCCGAUAUUGCUUCUUGCUAAUGUGGUUAUCUAGAGCAUUUUGUGCCCAUGAGGUGACACAUAAGGGAAGUGCCAAGAAAGCCGCAAGGAUGCUAGUCCUGAUAUCAAACACUGCACAACUACCAGCAGCCACUUACUCCAGAUUUCGUAUGAAAGAAAAGUAUUCAAGCUACCGAAAAUAAGUUGGUUUUCUGCUACUUGCCACCAAAAACAUUCCUCCUAGGCUGAGGUCUGUCCCUACACAGACUUUCCUUUUGCUUGUGCUAGAUCACCCAAGUUUAUUAUCACUUAGAGCCACUUUUCAUCUUUUUCAGUUUGGGGAUUGCUGCACCUUAAACCUAAACAAAUGUAACAUUCUGGAGAUUUUCUUUCUUUUAAUAAGCUGGAGCCUGGGCCAAAAGAAAUUUUUUUUAUUAUUCACCUCACAGAGGUGAUACUUGCUUUAAUGCAAAUAUGUUCUAGCUCCCAACACCUUCCAUGUGCCCAGGGCUACUCUCCCAUAUCUACAUUUGUGGUUGUUAUCUGCCUUCCAAUCAGCCACUGACUCAUGGUGACCUGGUGCAUAAAGGAACGAAAUGGUGCUUCGUCUUGUGCCAUCCCCAUGAUCAGUUGCAGAGUCAGACCAUUUUGAUCCAUGGAGUUUUCACUAGCUGAAAUGAAGUCCUUUCUACCACAUAUACAUUGUUCUUUGUUAAUGAGAGACUGGCAACCAUCUUCAUCCGUCCCUCCCCAUAGAGGGCAGCUUUUGCAUCUCUUUAGACCUUCGCCUCUGGUUUCUGGUCUGUAUUUUUGGUCCCUAAGCAUUUUCCUAAAUUUGCUAUCUCAACUAUGAAUUUUGAAGACUUUUCAGAUUUUACCUAAUAUCCUAGGUAUUUUGUAGCAAGACUUUUUCUAAUCCACCAUAUUGCCAUCUGGCAUCAGUUUUCUCCCCUGUGAAAUAAAGAUAAUGUGUUUGGGGGAGAAAAUAAAUGGCAAUUUUUUACAAGUAACUUACAAAGUCAUAAAAGACUUAAAUGCUCUUACUCCUAAUUUAGAAAGUAAUUUGUAGGAAGCACACAAUUUACACAGGUAACUAGUAUAACCCUAGCUAGGUGCAUAGCAGUGGUUUGUCUUCUAUGCCAUCUGACAGUGGCUAGUGCAAAGGCAAGGUUCUCAUUCAAAAUAAGAAAACUCGCUCACUACACAGAAGUCUGUUGGCGUUAACUUGUUAGUAAGUAGAAUAUUCCAAGAAGUAGAGUGCUAAUAAGAACCACACUUGUGAUCUUUUUUGAAAUCUUUUCAGAUACUUUUUUCUAAAUAUGCAAAAAUUAUUCACAGGAAUGCUGUGUGUUUAAAAAGUGCUGACUGCGAAGCCUCAAAUGUCUCACCCCUAAAGCCAAAAACCCAUGAUGUUUAUAGCAAUGUCUGUAGCUUAUCUUAGAAACUUAACCUAAGAAGUACUAUAUUAUAGUAUCUGGGGUCUUAAAAACUUGUGAGCAGCUAUCCAAGAUACAGCAAUUGGUCUCUAUUCACCUAUACCAGCAGGAGACCCAGAAGUCGGAGAAGGAAAUGGACUGUUGGUCUAGUUGCCUCUAUGAACUACAGCCUCCUUUGCCAGGAGACCAGAACUGAUAGUACCAGGCUACCAUCACUGAACGUUUGAUCAAGGACUCAAAUCAAGUGCUGAUCAAAAUGGGGGGAGGAAUAUGUGGACCAGAAUUUUAAAUUUUUUACAGAAUCCAGAUUUACUGGACCCAUUCAGGCUGGAAGAACCCUCGAAUCUGUUGCCCUGAGAAAAUUUUUAAAUCUUGAACCAAAACUAUCCCCUGAAGUCAUCUUCAAACUGUUUAGCUGAAUAAUGUUUGCCCUGAUCACUGCACACUUUAAAGAAUUAUAUAUAUCAGACCAAAUUGACAACUGUAAAGCAUAAAUGAGUGGUUUAUUGGAUGGUCUCAGUCAGUGGUGGUGAAAUAGUAUGGGGAGAACGAGAAUGAUGACACAUGAAGAAUGUAACCAGUCACUGAACCGUAUAUGCAGAAAUUGUUGUGUGUGAUCUGCUGUAUUUUCACCAAAAAUAAAUAUUAAAAAAAAUUAUUAUUCUAUUCUGAGGGCUGUAUGAUUCAUAGUUUUGUAACAGCUUAUAGUCAGGGUGCAUGUGUAUAUGAAGGGAAGCUGUAUUAACUUCCUCUUUUAUAGUUACUUACAUCUCAUACUAUUACCUAGACCUGGACCUAAAAAGCCUUUCAGUGAGGCCGUAAUAAAGUAAAAAGAGGGUUCUUCUGGUUAUAGAGAACUUUCUAGAAACCCUGUAUUGUGACAUCUUGUGAACCACAGGCUUCUCUUGGUCUCACCUUUUAUCCUAUUCACUUCUGGAGUGGCCAAUUCAAGGCUCCAACCAACUACACACAACUCUUGCUUCCCUCCCCACACUGACUUCUACUGACUCCACAGGGAAACCCAGUUAGCACUCACACAGCUGUCAGAUAAAUGCUUCCCUUUUUUUCUCCUUCCUCUCACUCUACCCGCUGCCAAGGUUCUGACAUAUUUCAUUCAACUCCUCAGGCGGUCUCAACCAUACGGUUGGCCAAUUCGCUAUCAUCUUUAUAUGAACCCUGGAACCAAAGAAAUCACAAGCAGAAUCAAGAGACAAAAUUUAAUGUACGCACACAGUUUUAUAUAUAAUGCAGCAUCACACCAUGUAGGGCAUUUACUCUUAUUUUAUACAUUCAGAUAUGUUUGAAACACUUCUUAAGGCUACAAAACAGAACAUAGAAAAAUAAACAGGAAUAUAUUCAACACUUACAAAAAGUGAUAUGAUAAAGAAUAUAAAGUACUAUUUUCCUUUCAACACUUCAAAAGAUAUGUAUAUAUACUUUUUUUACAAGUAACAUCACAAAUGAUCACAUCUUCACAUGCUUCUAAGUAUUAUUUGUACUCAGUGUA